ACCGAACCAACAACAAUGGAAGUCAUCGAGACUCAAACAGCUGUUUUAACCUUCGAUGUUAACUCCAAGCCUCCGUUCUACGAGAGCGCCGGGCUUUCUCGGGGAUCCGAACGGUCCAGUUUUUUCUCAGUGGAUAGUCCGAAAGAAGCUAGCGAAUCGGAUUCCGGGAAUACGAAUAACAACAGCGGUGGACUCAAAAUGCCGUCGCCGUCGAUCGACGGUGGAUAUUCUCAGGCUGGGAAUCACGGGGGCGGGGUUUUCCUGGAGACGAACGCGGCGGUUAAGGUGCAGAAGGUGUAUCGGAGUUACCGGACACGGCGUAGGUUAGCAGAUUCCGCUGUUGUCGCUGAAGAACUCUGGUGGCAGGUAUUGGAUUAUGCAAGGCUUAAGCGCAGCACGAUUUCGUUUUUCAAUGAUUUGAAACCUGAAACUGCUGCUUCAAGGUGGAACCGUGUUCUCCUAAAUGCUUCCAAGAUCGGAAAGGGAUUGUCCGAAGACGCUAAAGCUCAGAAAUUGGCUUUUCAGCACUGGAUUGAAGCUAUUGAUCCACGCCAUCGAUACGGGCAUAAUUUGCAUAUCUACUACGAAGAGUGGUGCAAAACUGAUGCUGGUCAACCAUUUUUCUACUGGUUGGAUGUAGGGCCCGGCAAAGAUAUUAAUCUCGACGAGUGCCCGAGAUCGAAGCUCCGACAUCAAUGCAUCACGUAUCUUGGACCUCAAGAGAGGGUAAAUUAUGAGUACGUUGUUGUUGAAGGAAAGAUCAUCCAUAAACUAACCGGGAAUGAACUCGAUACGAUCAAAGGAUUGAAAGAGGGGAAAUGGAUAUUCGUUAUGAGCACCUCGAAGAAAUUGUACGCCGGCAAGAAGAAGAAAGGAAUGUUUCAUCAUUCGAGUUUCUUGGCCGGAGGAGCAACAUUAGCAGCUGGUAGGCUGGUGGCGGAGCAUGGAGUUCUUAAGUCAAUUUCUGCAUAUAGUGGACAUUACCGGCCGACCGAUGAUAGUCUCGAUAGUUUCUUAUCGAUUUUGAAGGAGAACGGAGUGGACCUCGAUGAAGUUGAGAUACGCCGAGCAACUGAUGACUCCGAUAUCUAUGAUGACGGAAAAGCCAGCAGUGUUGGUAAACCGAUUGAAUUCUCGAUAAGCACAGUGCCAACCGAACCUGAAAUCGAUGACACAUCAAAGAACUUGUCCUCCGAAUCAUCUGGAACUAAUCAAACCAAGACCACAAACACUUACAAAAGGUCUUUAUCCGGUGGUCUCCAAAGCCCGAGAGUCGAGGUGCCCGAAAAAGCCAUAUUGCAGAGGAUCAACUCCAAGAAGGCAGCUAAAUCGUACCAAUUAGGACAUCAACUGUCCCUCAAAUGGUCGACCGGAGCAGGACCAAGGAUCGGCUGCAUCGUGGAUUAUCCCGUAGAACUGAGACAACAAGCACUAGAGUUUGUCAACCUAUCUCCGAGAACUGAAACCCCUUCCCCUCUCUGGUCUCCAAGAACACCACGGACCCCUACCACGCCUUUGGCAUGCCGGAGUCCUGGUGGCCUUGCAUCAACUACAUCUCAACCGGGGUCAAAUAUUGCUAAUGCUGAUGGGAUUUCCGGAAUCUAAUUGUAAUAUUCCGUCAGUUUAAUCUUUAG